AUUGAUUUAAUUGAGACAUUAUCCGAUAUAUUUUUUUCUGCAUAUUUUUCUUUUUUCUUUUUGAUUUUAUGCAAAAGAAUAAAAGAUUAUCGAUAUCCUCUUUAUUAAAUGAUAAUGGCAUAAAUGAAGAGCAACAGCCCAAAACAAAGAGGAAAAGAAUAACGCCAGCUCAAUAUAAUAGGCUAAUGGAAAUAUUUGAUCAAACUGAUACCCCAAGCUCUGAAAUAAGAGAAAAUUUAGCAACUGAAUUAGAUAUGACAAAAAGAGAAGUGCAGGUUUGGUUUCAAAAUCGUAGAGCGAAAUUGAAUCGUGAAUCUAAACAAAGGCGGAUGUUAUUACAACAGCAGCAGCAACAACAACAACAACAACAGCAUCCGCUAUUAGCUUCAAAUGAAAUGUCACCUAUCGAUUUAUUAGCAUCGGCUGCUGAAUUUGUACAAAUAGAUCAACAAAAGCGUAGUAAAAAAGGUGUUUAACUCACAUCCAAUAAACUUGUUCAAACGCCCCCUCUUCUCUCUCUCCUCAUUUGAAAUAUGACAUACACUUGUAAUAGAACAACAAGAAAUGAUCAAAAUCAGAUAUCAGCCAUUCUUCUCACUUUAGACACAAGGGUAAAAUCAACCUUUUCUUUAUUAUUUCCAACUUGUACAACAUAAAAUAUCAAUACAUGUUACAUAUAAAAUUCACACUGCAUUCUUGUAAACUGAACAAAUUCAAACAGUAUCUCGCUCAACUUGGUAUUGGGUAAAUCAAAGCAUAGCCUUCCUUCUCUUGUGAAAGUGAGGUACGAUAUACACAUGACGUUAAGCAUCUACACGCACAUACACAAGAGCGAUACCAGAGUCUAUCACGGAUGAUAUUUUUUUACUGAGUUUUCGUUUAUAGAAUCUUGAAGUAUCGUGAUUGCUUUAACGCUAGUUUCCUUUCAUGCAGUAAAGCACUUCCUGUCGAUUAGGG